UGAACUUUUCUUCACAAAUACUGACUUGGAGUUUGCAGUAGUAACAAAAAUUCAUCGUCAAUAUUAAAAAUAAUAAAGUUUCUUUCGAAUUACAAAGAAAUACUAGAGUAAAAAGGAGGAAAAAAGCUUAAUCGUCAAUAUUUUGAACGCAAACUGCUAUACAUUAUCAAGACAUUUUAAAGAAAAUUUGUCCCUAACUUGCAAAUCUAUAACAAUAAAAUCUUGGACAAAAAGCAUUUAAGAAUGUUAUACCCACUACUUGUCACCUUCUACACAAUAAUAUUUACAUUAUUGCGACGGAUAUUUUCACUCCUUCCAAACCAAAAACUUCCCAUUUUUCAAAAUCGGAAGAAAUCUCAUCAUUCCUCAACCCUAGCCGAACCCCAGAAAUCAUCCCCCGAAUUGGUUAGCCGGUUUACCAACACCGCCCAAGUAUUCGUACCCUUGCUCCUACCCGGCCUUAUCUCGUCAUCCGACCGACUUCAUUUAUACUCCCUGUAUAAACAAGCCACUUCCGGAAACUGUCCAAUUUCCCUGGGAAAUUUUCGUGGUCCAAAAUUGAGCUGGCUCUCGCUCCGAGGAAUGCCCACCACCCGAGCGAUGGAAAAAUAUGCAAAUUUUUACGAAACCCUGAGACUCAAAGAGGUCGAACAUCUCACCCAGCAAAAUUACGCGGGCGCCCUUACCCGGGAAUUUAAAACGCUACACAACUUUGAACCCGUCCUACAUCCCGGGCACAUCCUCAUCCCGCUAAACCAACUGCCACCUCGUACCUUGAACGAGUACAAUUCCGCCGUUAAGACGAAAUACAUGGCGGCCGGGCGGGGUAAGGUGGCCUACGAGGAGGGGGCAAUGCACGACCCGAGGCAGAUCAGUGACCCGCAUUUUCUCGCAAUUUGGACGGAAACGCACUUCUCAAAAUUGGUGACACACCUGGCCCCGGGUAGAGUAGAGUUGGCCCCGUACCGGGAUUUAUUCGGGGUGGAGGGAAAUGCAGAGGAUUAUUUUAUCGUGGAUCUAACAGGAGUGCAAGCCAUCCCGCUGAGGAAAUCGGAUAACGCGGUUCUCUCUCCGUGCGUCGUACUUUUAAAACUCUCCCCUCCUUCCCAACAAUUGGUGGCGAUCGCAAUUGAAAAUUUAUUUGAGACAAGAUCAAACUCUAAAGAUUUAAAUAUGCCGCCCUUUCCCGCAGUUUUGGGGAACCUUCGCCUCGUCGCUCCCACAGAUGGCGUUGCGUGGGAACACUGCAAGUUACACGGGGCCCUUAAUGCCAACUAUAUUUCUGGGAUGGGCCUUCACACGGUGCUACAUGCUGCACUGGCGGGCCCCAUUUCACUCACGUUUGAAUCCAUGGCGGGAAACAAAAGAUCCCGCCCUAAUUCCGUAAUUAGAAGGAUAUUUGAGGUCCAUUCCUACGUCCAUUGUGGCGUGGAUUCUAACGCGUUCGAUUUUAAGGAGAGCGUCCUCUUCGCGGAAGGUUCGCCGUACUAUCCCUGGCCAGUUGACACCGCAAACGGCGGGAUUUACAAUGUGGCCCGGCUAAUUUGCGAUGGUUGGGGGCAACCUGAGACGAAACACCCGAUCUAUGACGGCUACAAUAAUUCAAGGAAGGAGAACAUCAUUACUUACACGGAACACGAGGAUGUUCUCCCAUUUCGAAAAUUUGUGAAUAGUUUCGCCCCGCCGAUUAAGGAAUUUGUCAUGAAAGUGGUCUCCCUUGUGGGGCGGGAUGAGACUGAAAUGUCCUACAUGGCAGAAUUCCUGACUGCCUUGAGGGACAAACUGCCCUCGGAAAGCUGGGUUAGGACUGAGCUAAAAGAUUGUUUCGAUCUAAAUGAUAAUUUUUUCGAGGGGGAAACGCUCAUCGCGAAACUUUUGAAUUUUUUCAUCUUUAAUGCCGUUCUUCAUUCCGUGGAGCAUUGUCUCCUGGAGAGUAAACUAAUGAAAGAUUUUCAUGGCAUUAUCAGGAUCGGGGUGGAUUUUGAAAAUACCAAGACCCGUCGCGAAGAUAUUUCUGAAUGUAUGAGGAAAAUCAAUAGUGUGGCUGACAGGUCAAAAAUGUACCUAAUGAACAACAUGGUCUCAUAUCCGCAUCUGAGUAGGAAUUUUGCCGAUUUUUUUGCAAAAGAGGGAGGAUAUUUUGGAAGUGAGGUGUUUUCCAGUAGUAAUUUCCCUUUGGAUAGGUUAAAAGUAUUGAAAUCUUAUGAAGAAGAGUUUGCUUCCGGGUUGGAACGGAUUUUUGAAGGGAAGAUUAACAGUGGGGUUUGUGCGAAUAUUACCCUGUCCGACUUGGGGGUUAGUGUGCAAAGUUAGAAAUAAAUAAUUUACAUUGUAAAUAUGUACGUGCUAAAACUUGAAAAUUAUAUUAAUUGUAUAGAUAUAUACACUCUGAAUAAUUUGGAGACAAAUCGUCACCCGACGGAGGGACUAUUGUGCUCUAUUUUUUGGAAAUGAUUUGGGAGACGUUUUAUCACCAGGGGGGAUAAGUCAAAAACUCACGCACACGUGACGUCGUCAUUUAAAGACUUCAAUACUGUCAUGUAAAAAAAGUCUUAUUGUCAGAUUAAAAUGUUGAUUUUUUUUAAUUGCGACGUCACGUGUGUUUGAUACGAGUUUUUGGCUUAUCUCCCCCUGGUGAUAAAACGUCUUAAACUCGUUACCGAAUAAUAGAGCACAAUAGUACCAAAAAUUCGUAACGCGGGUGACGAUUCGCCUUAAAAUUAUUUACAGUGCAGGGUUUUCCUUAAGUUUGUCAAUACAAUGCAUGUUUUUAAUUUUGUAGUAUUUUUUAUUGGUAACAAAAAUUUAUUGAGGAGAAAGAUGCGUAGCUUGUAAUAAAUUUUCGUUACCACCCAAAAAAAUUAAAAACAGACAUUGUACAAACUUAUGGAAAACCAUGUAUUAUGUAAUUAGCGGGUUAACUUUGACACAUUUCUAAAGAAACAUGUUGCAGACUAAUGCAUUUCAAAUUUAUUUAAAUACUUGAUUCAAAUGUUAUAAUCUUUUUAAUAAAAUUGAUUUAACUCAGAA